UCCUAGACGAGGGUUUCAAAUUAUUUUUCUUAUAUUCGAUUAGAAUUCAUUAAUAUCCUCUUCCUUAGCAAAAUUGGGGUUUGAUUCGAUCCAGUUUGAAUAAUUUGAGUAGAAUUUGUAGAGAAAAAGAUGGAAGACGAAGAGGUGAAUAUCGAAGAAUUGGCUGCCAACCUUUCUACUUACGAAGAGCAACUUCAACAGGUACGCAAACUGUUGAAAGAUGAUCCGAAGAAUUCUGAAUUUUUGGACAUGGAGAAAGAACUUGCGGAGGUGUGCUAUGUGGUGAUGGCCGGCUUGCUCUGUCUCGUGAUUGCAUUGACAGAGGAGCUUCUGACAACUGCUAAACAAAAUGAUGGUAGUUCUGAACUUGUUAAUGGGACUAGUGGAGAAGCAUCUCCUGAUCUGCAACUUUCUGGGAUCACCUUUGAUAAACCAAGAACUACUGCUAUUGAUGGUAAUAAAUUUCCACUUGGAACCAAAGUCCAAGCUGUCUGGAGCGAAGAUGGAGAGUGGUAUGAUGCAACCAUUGACUCUCAUACUCCAAAUGGGUAUUAUGUCACCUAUGAUGGAUGGGGUAACAAGGAAGAGGUGGAUCCCGAUAACGUCAGAUCUAUCCAAGAAGGCACUGCAGACCCUUUGCUGGAAGCUGAAAAGAUUGCUGUUGCUACAAAAGAAGCCCUAAAACGGAAGAUUGCCCAAUCUGCUAGCAAGGACUUCGAGGCCUGGACUGUUCCUGCAAAACUUCAAAUUGAUCGUAAUGAUCCUGAAGAUGUGAAAGCUACAAAGCGUAAAAAGAUACAUGCAUUCAAGUCCAAAAUGCGUAUGGAAGAAAAAGAAGUUACACAAAACAAGAGGCAGAAUGCCUGGCAGCAAUUCCAGACCACGAAAGGCAAAGCUAAAAAGGAUUGUUCACCACUUGUGCUGUAAUAUCAUGUCUUCCACUAUUUUUACCUUUUGGUUUCCCUCAAAAAGCUUACAAUCAUAGUUGUGGGGUUUACAUCAAUGGUUGAAAUGAAAUUUGAUAUCCUACUUGCGCUACACCAAACAUGCAUUCUAUGAUACAUCAGCAUGUGACUGGAUGGCUAAUGCAGUAGGAGUUUAGACGUUACGUUGAUGCUUGGAAGAUCUGUACUGUCCUACUAGCUGCAUGUAUCUCAUUUCUGUUAUUUCUUUCUUCUUCCUGUCAUUUACGUCUUUUGUUUGCUUUCUACACUCCAAGCCAUACUCAGGGGAAUUUAGUGACCAAGUAUUACUAAUGCUUGAGGCUUCUUUGCAAUCUACAAGACAAACAUUUUUCUCGUGUCGUGUCGUGUCUUUUCAACAAGUAAAAGGCUCUCUUUUUUCAUGUACUAUAUUGAAAUUUGGCUUUAUCUUAAAGGUUGGUUUCUUCUCCGGCCGAAAGCGCGAGAGCAUAUUCAAGUCUCCUGAUGAUCCAUUUGGGAAAGUUGGAGUGACUGGAAGCGGGAAGGGUUUGA